AUGGCUUAGUCUGCAAUUAAAACUAUCGGUUGGAUUGGAACUGGUGUUAUGGGUAAGUCUAUGUGCUUACAUUUGUUAAACGCUGGUUUCUAGCUAAAUGUUUACAAUAGAACUGCUAGUAAGGCUGACGAAUUAGUCAGUAAAGGAGCCAAGUUUUUAGCUCCUGAAGAUUUAGCUAAAAAUUCUGAUGUAGUAUUUUUGAUGCUUGGUUAUCCUCAUGAUGUCUAAUAAAUGGUAUUAGGUGAAUAAGGAAUUUUAAAGCACAUGAAAAAAGGUUCCUUAUUGAUUGACCACACUACAUCCGCUCCUUCUCUUGCUGUAGAAAUUGCAGCCGAAGCAUAAAAGUAUGGAAUCGAAAGUAUUGAUGCCCCAGUUAGUGGAGGUGAUAUCGGAGCUAGAGAAGCUAGAUUAGCAAUUAUGUGUGGCGGUUCCCAAGCUGCUUUUGAUCUUGCUCUUCCUAUUUUAUAAAAGUAUGGUGCAAAUAUCUAAUUAUUAGGUGGCGCAGGAGCAGGAUAACACACCAAAAUGACUAAUUAAAUUUUAUUAGCUAGCAAUAUGUUAGGUGUUGUUGAAGGCUUACUCUAUGCUCAUAAGGCUGGAUUAGAUUUAGAUUAAGUAAUUAAUCUUAUUAAGACUGGUGCUGCCUCAUCUACUGCAUGGCACGUUCUUGGCUCAAGAAUGGUUAAGCGUGACUUUGAACCUGGCUUCUAUGUAGAGCAUUUUAUUAAGGAUAUGGAUAUUGCCUUAGAAGAGGCCAAAAGAGCUAACUUAUGUCUCCCUGGAUUAGGCUUAGUAAAGUAAUUUUAUCAUGCCUUAGUUGCAUAAGGAGGUGCUCGUAAUGGAACUUAAGCUAUCAUUAAAGUUUUAGAAUAAAUGAACAAUGUUUAAAUCGGAAAGAAAUAAUGA